AUGGAAAAUUUAAAGGAUUCCCUUAGUGUCCAACUGUUUGUAGGAGAAACUGAUGAUCGUCCCUGGGAUUACAAUAUAUUUGUGGUGGAUUCAUUGUUAAAGUUUUCAAUUCCCUAUUCUGCCCAUGAACGUGAUUAUUACUUCUUUAUUUUAUUAACAUGGAGUUCUGAAUAUCUUCUGGAUUAUAAUUUAUUAGAAAUUUUUAAAAUUUGUUUAAAAUUCAACGUGAAAAACGUCGCUGUUAUGGUGAAAUCUCGUUUGUAUAAUUAUUUUAGUUUCUAUUCGUAUGACUUGUAUAGUCCAGAUAUGUGUGCUGAAGAUAUAAUGGUGCGAGAAGUUAAUCGUUAUGAAAAUGGUCAACUUAAAUUUGAUUUAUUAUUUCCGAUAAUUGCGAGUAAUUUGUUUGGUUGUCCCGUUAAGAUUUCUGCUGAACUUAUACAGCCAUUUAUAACAUUUGAUGGAGAUUUAAAGAAUGAAACUCAUUUGAUGGACAUGAAACGUUUGGGUGGAAUAGAGGGUGAAAUUUUGAAACUGAUUGCAGAGGCAUUAAAUUUUAAAAUUCAUAUGCGUUUUAGUCGAAACUUCAGUGUGAUUGGAUUACGUUAUAAUUCCACUGGCUGUUUUAGUGAUUUGGAGUUUAGACGUUCUAAAAUAGCCAUUGGUGGUUUGAGUUCAACAUUGGAAUAUCAUCACCUAUUCACCAAAUCAAUUGUUUAUCACACAACUCCCUAUAAGUUUGUGAUGACAGAGUUGCGUGAUUUUAUAUUUGGUAUCAAAAAUAAGAGUCCAACUUUUUAUUUGUUUAUAACUUUUCUGGGUUAUGGAAUGCCAAAUCAAAUAAUGCCGAAACGAAAUUUUGCCCGAUUUAUACUUAUGUCAUGGUUGUUAUUGGCACUUGAGAUACGAACUGGUUAUUUGGGUAAAAUGUUUGAUAGUUUAAGACUGGGAAAACGCAUGCCAGUACCUGAAACUAUAGCGGAACUUACUGCCCGGGACUAUACAUUAUUGAAUCCCAUAUAUACGAGUUUCUAUCCCAUGAAUAAAACUAUCAUAUGGCAAGAUAGAUUUUCAACACUGCAGCAAAUACAAACAAGUGAAAAGCGCUUAACGGGGGCUGUUAUUUUGGACUAUUGGGCCUAUUAUAAAUUUCAAAAUCAUAGUAUUACCACUUUGAUACCUGUUGCUGAGACCAUACACUCAUAUCAAUGUGUCAUGUAUUUCAAUAAACAUUCAUUGUUGCAGAAUAGUUUCGAUAAAAAAUUAAAACUAUUUACUGAUUCGGGAAUAACUGCACAUAUUGCCAAGAGACACGUUCAUUCAAAUUUUAAAUCUAUGAUGAAUACUCAGUCGCAGGAUAAUUCAUCCUAUCUAAGGAUUGCUUAA